GAGAGGGAGACUUGUGCUGACUUGGACAUUAAACCAUGAGAGAGAACCUCAGUGUGACUUCCAGAAGCAUGGCUUUCACAGACUGUAUGAACACCACUGACCUAGCCACAGAGAAAAAGGGAAUAAAGAGGAAAAACUGGAGAAUGAGAAUAAGAUUUUUCUUGAAGAUGAACUCUUCCCCGAGCCUGCCAAAAUCAAAACUGAGGAACAACAGAUACAGGCCAACAGCUGAUGACGUGAACCAAUGGGCGCAGUCACUUGACAAACUACUCAGUCACAAAUAUGGAAAAACUGCCUUUUGUGUCUUCUUGAAGUCGGAGUUCUGUGAGGAGAACAUCGAGUUUUGGACAGCCUGCGAGGAUUUCAGGAACAUCACCUCGCGAAGGGAGCUGGUGUUGAGGGCCAACAGCAUUUACGAGGAGUUCAUCAAAAGUGAAGCUCCCAAAGAGAUCAAUCUGGAUUUCCAUACCAGGAAGGCCAUUACGCAGAGCCUCGGUGAACCCAGCGCCACCACUUUCCUCGCUGCUCAGAAUAAAGUCUACAGCCUGAUGGAGAACAACUCCUACCCGAGGUUUAUCCACUCUGACCUCUACAAAGAACUGUGUGCAGCUGCCAAAGGAGAGGGCAAACACAUUAAGUCCUAGUCAAACCAGAUAGCCGCUCUGAAGUCAUUUGUUUACCACUGUGAGUGUGUGAAUACACAAUUGAUGAUGUUCAUUCCAGGCACCGGCUUGGGAUAAUAGACCCAGAUGCAAAUCCUGUGCAUAAACAUUAACAGUAAAUGGCAAAGAUGCAAAACUGAAGCCAUUUCAGACGCUCGGGGUGUCUUUUCCAUCCUGCCAAGAGGUUUUAACAAAGGAGUUGUGAUGAUUAGGAUGGAUGCUAUAUGUGCUGCGGGCAACACACAAUGCAUUCCCGUUAAGGGAUUAAGGUCACGUGUCCUUCACUGGUCCAUUACCUUCAAUUUCUUUACCGUGUUAUAAGCAUUUUACACUCUGAGUAAUGAUGCAGUUCAAGAACAUGCUGUUGUUGUCGUAGUUGAUAUUGUGCACUAUGUAAAAAAGUCUGUGGAGUGUACAUUAACUAAAAAUCUGUAAAUGCGCUGUAUUUUAUGUGUUUUGUCUUGCACGUAAUUGUACAGUGUUGCUGAAUUAUAUUUUUCUCUCAUGUACAACUGAUAAUAAUUGAGUUUUCGCGUACAGAAGAUUUGUAAGGCUUUCUUUGGUGUACUGUUCUGCUGGAUUUGACACAGUUUACACAGUGCAGUUGGGAGCUUCCAAUAAAGACUGUAUUUUGUUUUACAUUACAAUGAAAAAACACAAUGUAUUUAAAAUAAUUUAAUAUCAUGUGAUCUACUGAUUGUGAUUUAAAGUUGAGGGCAGCUGGACUGAUCGACAAAU